UCAUUUGAUACGGAAAUGAACACCAAAAUGGGCUGAAGCGUUACAUUUCUCAACGUUUAAAUAUAUAAUAUAUAUAAAAACGUUGUCUAGCUGACUUAAUUUUUGUUUACUUUUAUAGAAAUAUAUAUCUGGACUAUUAUUAAUUGAAGCAAAGCGAAAUUGUACACCUCAUCCAACGUAUGUCUAUGCAUACUAUACCAAUAGCAAUUCGAUUCAAUGUACAAAUCUCAUCAAAUUUAUAACGGAAACUUCGAUAAUGACAUCACCAUUAUUAUUAGCAGAACAACAUAUCAAGUUUUAUCAUAAUAUGAAAAACAAAAAUGUUAAAGGCAAAUGAAAUAAUUUUAGGUUCAAUUUUGGUUUAUUUUACUUAUCGCUGGCGGUUGAUGGUAACAACUAUACUCGCAAUCACACACACAUUCAUUACCAUUACCAUUAUCGCUGACAUGGCUAUGUUGUUAGCAUUGAAAACAAAGCAUUUUUACAAAUAUCCACGAAAAAUACAGACAAAUGAUAGCAAAUGCAUUUAUUUUAAGCACAUCAAUCAAAGGACAAAUCGAUUUGAAAAAAUUACCUCCAUGAAUUUUUUUCGUGAAAAGAAAACUUAUUUUCAUUCCAAGGAAAAAUUUAAUCUUCUUAAUUCUACAAUGUUUGACGCAAUUUCAAUGAAAUCGGGUACUAAAAAAAACUUUUUUCCACAAGCAUAUUUGAAAAACAUAUAUGAUUCAGUAGUUAUUGUUCAAAUGGUGCAAAUAGUUUUGUCUAAUGAAAAAUCAUCUGUUGCUGAACCAGUACAACAAACUGAAAAUGUAACCAACAAUGGGUCUCUCAUGACUUCAAAUGGGAUGCCAGUGACCACAGCACAAACAGUUGCUACUGAAAAUACUGACGUACAUACCGCAACAACAUCAAAAUCCAACAUUUGCAAAAUAAUUGAGGAUGAUAAAUCAGAAAAAACUUCUUCACAAUCAACUAAUAUACCAAUUCAAGCUGUUUUUGCUCCGAAUGUAAAUACAUCGCCCAAUAAAAACUCAAAUGUUAUCAUGGUAAAAAGAUCAAAAUUGAAAGGGCAUUCAAAUGAAAUACCAGUCUCAAUCUUCCGCCCAAUGAGUGUAUCAACAAUGUCAAAGUCAAAUAUCAAACGAUCAUCACAUGCCGCAUCUGGUCGCAGUGUUAUAAUUAUGAAUAAAUUGGAUCAAAUGAAAAACGGCUCAAAUUCUAACAAAACCGAAGCCUAUGAAAUUCCAGCUAAAACAAAUAAUUUGUUACGUAUCCUGAAUUCACCACCGAAACCAAUUAAUGCCAGUACACUACCUGCAAACUUGAAACAGACAAUAUCCAGUACACAAGUCUUUGAUUACCAGAAACCAAUAAAAUCUCAAACAACUGGGGCUAGUGAUGCUCAGAUUCCGGUCACAAAAAAUGAAAACAUCAUAAAUAUGGACCAAACGAAGCUACGAAAUUUACUAAAUGAUCAAAAUGGUAGCAAGAAAUUGAAUAAUAAUUUUUUUCUUUGCAAAACUGAAGGUAAAGUUAUUCGAUUAACACCAUUGAUGGGUUCGAAUUGUUUUAACAAUAUUGCCACGGCUACUGUUUUACCAUCAAUUACAAAUGGAGUGAGAGUAGUUGAAGAUAUCCAACAGAAACCUAUUUGCCCGAUAAUUAUUGACAAAAAGGACCCAGUAUCUUCAAAAUCUCCACCACCAUUAACCUUAGCGAUCUCAGCCACAAAUACAUCGGUUGCCAAGACUUCAUCUUUUACAACUCAUUCCAUUUUUGAUGACAUUUAUACUAAAUUUUUAAAUACAAAAGAGGCUCACAUAGAUAGUAUCAAAAAUAACUUAGAAAUGGAAAGGCAAAAUACUACAACAGCAUCAACACAAAUAUAUAAUUCCAAAUUUAAAUCAAAUUUCUAUACAAUUCCAACUUCACACGAAAUUAUUUCAUCGAAACAACAUACAAAAACAUUUUUGCAGCGUCAAAAUUUGGAAAAUUCUGAAGAAAUUAACACUAAUAGUUCAAUAUCAACUACAUUAAGCAAUGGUAAAUCGAAUACAAUGACAAAUCCAAGCCAAUCAACUUCGACAGUUUUCUUGAAACAUGUUCCGAAAACUUUAUAUCCACAGUCAAAAACUGAUGUUUGUGAUAUUUUAGUAACUAAUGAGAAUAAUUUGAAGAUUUUGCAAAAGCCAACUAAUGAUAUUAGCAACACAAAUGCAGCCACAACUACAAAUACGGCAUUGAAUCAAAUUCAUAUCUUUCCAUUGAUUGCAAAUAGUCGAAAUUUGGCUCGGACUAACUAUGUUCGUCCUCAAGUAAUUAUUACCAGUACAAACACAACUGAUAGCCGAAUUCAAAGUAUUGAACCGGACAAACGGAAUUUAGUCGAUCAACUUCGCGAAUUUGAUAUGGUAAUGGAGCAAAUAAAAGAGGAACGCAAUACAAAUGAAGCAACCGACAAUUUGGUAUUGAGUAAUUUAAAUGGUAUAUUGAACCAUCAUAUAGUUGACAGUCAAAUAAAAUCGGCUGGAUUACAACAGAAGAUAAAUUUAGCUAUAAUAAAAAAAAGCAAAGCAAUUACCACACAGAAAACUGUGGAUUUGCUUGAGGCAAAACAAAGUACAAGCACAUCAGUUGUUGUUGUCAGCAAUGCAAACGUUGCCACGAUGAAAAGUAUUGAGCCACAAAAAGAUAUCAGUACAAAAUCAAAUGUAGAUUCAUCAGUAAUACAAUCGACAUUAGAAAAUGUUGCUUCUGUUAAAAUUAACUCAGCAAAUCUAAAGACAGUGUCACAAUCAUUAAACCAAAAUGCUGCUGCCAAACAUCCACAAAAGCCACAAGAAGAUGAGCAUACCGUUCAAAGAAUCUAUGAUAUUUUGGCUCAAUAUGCUGAGCAAAUAAGUACUUCGCCCGAUCUAAAUAACAAACCAGCACCUAGACGACGAAUUCGUAUGGUUUCAUCAAAAUCGUCCGUUUUAUCAUCGUCGUCAUCAUCAUCAUCAACAACAACAGUCAGUUCAAUCAUAAAUUCUUGUUCGAAUUCAAAUAGUUCCAAUGAAUCUUAUCAAAGUGCCAAAAUGAAUGAAUCCCGAAAACGUUUCUUAAGUCUACAAAAUGAUGAUCAGUGUGGUACUGAUUGUAUUAGCACCAUUGAUUCAAUUACAAUUCAGCAACCGGCUGAAAAGAAACGAUGCCUAUCCAAUAUUAAGUUGGAAGCGAAUGAUUUUAUAUUGGCAACUGUUCCAUCACUGUCAUCGUAUACUUCACCCCCAAAAUCCAAUUCGAACGACAUGUUAAAGACAAGUAAUCAGAUUAUCAUCACAACAACGAAUUCUCAACAGCAAUACAAUACAAAUUUGAUUCGGGCCACAGUGAAGCAAGAUGGAAAUAAUCCAAUGCUUAAAAAUAUCAACACAAAUUUAUACAACGAUUCAAACAAACUAAAACCACUCACAAUUGGUAUUGCAAAUAAUUCCGGCGGCAAUGAUUCAUCAGAGAUGCCACAAACACAAUCUCCAGCUACCAUUUUACUUCCUAACGUGUCUAUGGUAGUUUCAGCCGAACAAAAUCUUCAACAUACUAAAAAAAAAUUUACAAACUCAAAAAAUACUUCCAAUGAUGGCUUUUAUGGAUUCACUUCAGGAUUUCCAUAUAAAAUAAAUAUAACCAGUCCAAAUAAAUGUCGACAAACGUUAAAACAAUGCGUUCCAGGACAAAGCUAUCGAAACGACAACUACAUAUUGCCAAGGAGCCUUUUGAAAUAUGGUAAAAAUCAUACGGCUAUCGGUGAAAAAUCAAAAAUAAAUCAAACGAUCCAUUCUAAUGUCACAACUGUUAUGAUACCAUCGACAACAAAUAUUCAACGCGACAGCACUAACAUAAAAAUUGUUUCCAAUUCAGAUAUCAAAAGAGAUAUUUCCAAACCAAAACACAUUCAGUUUAAUAUUACGAAGAAACGAGAGAGUCUUGCAACAAUUCCAGCAACAUCAUUACAAUCACCAGUCGGAUCAACGCUACUGUUGAGGACAUUAUCAGGAAGAAAUUUUACCGACAUUCAAAAUGAAACAUCGGAUGAUGAAAUCCACACGAUACGUGAUAGCUCAAGUGAGAAUUCAAGUAAUAAAUUGCCAACAUUCACUCCAAUUAAAACGCACCAAUCGAGCAUUCCACCUUUCGUUGAAAGUAUUCAACUUCCCUCGCAAAUUUUUCAGUCGAAUCGUGGUAUCCUAAUACUUGACGGCAAUAAGUAUGCAACGCUUCUAACAACAAAUUGUACUAUACCAACCGCAACUGCACCAAUUAUAAGUGAUAGUGGUCUUGGAAGUAUCAAAUCAUCAGAUUCCACAAAUGAGCCCAAAGUAACAGCAAUUACAACAUCAAGGACAACGAUUAACGUAAAGUCUAAACUCUCAAAAAUUGAUAUGGAAGUACCUGUAUGUAACAGUGAACAUGAUUUUCUACUUCAUAAUGGUUUAAAUGUUGGUUCACCAAAAUGUAGCGAUGAUGGCACGGAUGUGACAUUUGAUGACUUUCAACAAAAUGAUCAAAUAUUUUCGAUGAAAAAAUUACCAACUCUAUUUAGUGAGAAUUUUUUGAAGAACUCCGACGAUAUUUUACAUCAAAAUGACGAUUCCGAUAAUAACGUAAUUGAUGAUACACAGGAGAUGAUUUUCCACCAGCAUGGUAAGUCAAGCGAUAAUGUGGUGAUAAUUGACAAGCAAAAAUCUGAUUCAUUAACAUUGAAUUCGGUAUCAUCAGAUUCUCAUCGUACACACGGUAUCACCCGUACACACGGUAUCAUUGAGCGUGAGUUACGUUUACAAAAAUCACUAUCAAUAGUGAAUGACGUCGAAUAUCAAGAUCUAGGUGUCGAUGAACUUGCCCCGAACGACUUAUUCCCCGAUGCAUUCAUCACUUUUUAGUGUCGUUUAGACGUUUGUGGUGUGAAAUAAACCUAAUUGCGAAAUCAUGUUAAAUAUCGUACAGGCAUUGCGUUCAUACAAAAACUUACAUGUUUGGUGACUUUACCUUUCCAUCUUUUUUAUCUUUGAAGCGUCAAUAGUCUUAAAUGGCAAAAAAAAACUUUACUGCUCUCAGAAAUUAGAAUUUGGUAGUUAUUGAAUUAGUACUGCAUGUUCAGUAAGUAUCUUUCGGGUAAUAAAUUAGGGUGGUUUUUUUUUGGUCAUUUUUCGGAAUUUGUUGGGCAAAUAUUUUUUUUGUGUCUAUUAGACGUCAGAAACAACAUACCGGUGUAAUUU